CUUUUCAGCAGAGGAUUCUUCAACUUUCCAGGGUGAAAAUGGUGAAUUACGAAGUAACAGUUUUCACCACCAACUGGGCUUUGGCCGCCACCAACAACAAUGUCUUCAUUAAGCUGGUGGGCACAGAAGGGGAGAGCAAUCGCAGCUGGCUUAGAGGCUUCAAAGGGACUCCGGCCCUCUGGAGUGGAGAAGUUGCACAUUUCACUGUCAACUGCCCUAAAUCCCUUGGAGGAUUGUUCCUGAUAGAGUUGGACAAGCAGCAUUUCCCAUUCUUUGCAGACUCUUGGUACCCUGCGAAGGUUGAGGUGAAAUCCCCUGACGGACAAAAAUACUGCUUUCCCAUCCACCGCUGGAUCACUGACCGAGAGGUUCACUGCUUCAGAGAGGGAAAAGCUGUGAUAGCCUAUGAAGAAACCCACAAUCUUGCCAAGUGUGCCAGGGAGCAGGAGCUCAUUGGUCGUAAGAAGGACUACUGCUGGUCCAUGUUGAAAGAAGGACUACCUUACUGCAUUCAGGACAAAAGUCCUUUUACUCUGCCUCCUGAGGUUAGGUUCUCCUUCACCAAGGGAACAGAGUUUUUGUGGACUGCAAUAACUGGGGGGGUUGAGCCGUUUCUGAAAGGACUGGACAAACGCGACGAGCCAUGGACUGACAUUGAUGCAUUUGAUCGGGUGUUCAGCUGCAGGACGACUGAAAUAUCAGAAUAUGUCAGGGAACAAUGGAAGAACGAUGCUUUCUUUGCCUCCCAGUAUCUAAAUGGUGUCAACCCCAUAAUGAUCAGAUGCUGCAAAGCACUGCCAGAAAACUUUCCUGUCACUGAUGACAAGGUCUUCCUCCAUGGUCAGGGUAGCUUGAAGGAAGAAACAGAGAAAGGCAACAUAUUUCUUUGUGACUAUAAGAACUUGAAUGGAGUUGCACCAAACACCAUCAAUGGGAAGAAGCAGUACUUGAUGGCCCCUCUCGUCCUGCUCCAAAAAACAGAGGACAAAUUGCUGCCAAUUGCUAUUCAGCUAAAGCAAACCCCCGCAGAGGACAAUCCAAUCUUUUAUCCCACUGACUCUGAGUAUGACUGGUUGAUGGCCAAGAUCUUUGUGAGAAGUGCAGAUUUCCAAGAACAUGAACUCAACGUUCACCUGCUGCGCACUCACCUGCUGGCUGAAGUUUUCGCAGUGUCACUUCUGCGCAAUGUGCCCAUGAUGCAUCCACUGUACAAGCUCCUUGUACCUCACACUCGCUACACUCUGCAAAUCAACAUCUUGGCUCGACUUGCUCUAAUUUCUGAGAAUGGAGUAUUCACAAAGUUUGCAGCUUCUGGGGGAGAGGCCAUGUUUGAAAUCCUGAAGAGAUCACUGUCCUCAAUAACCUACAAGUCCCUCUGUAUACCAGAAGACAUUGAUGACCGUGGGGUUAAGGACAUACCAAACUACUACUACAAGGAUGAUGGACUCAAACUUUGGGAUAUCAUCUUCAAAUUUGUGAAGAAAGUACUCAGCUACUACUACAAGACUGACCAGAUGGUUGUGAAGGACCGUGAGCUGCAGGCCUGGAUUCGAGACAUUUUUGAAUACGGAUUCCUUUCUCAAGAACAAACAGGAAUUCCACAGAAAUUUUCCACUGUGACUGAGCUGAUCAAGUUUGUCACCAUGGUGAUCUUCACCUGCUCAUGCCAGCACUCAGCUGUGAACAGUGGACAGUAUGACUAUGGUGCCUGGAUGCCCAACACUCCCAUCACCCUGCAGCGUCCUCCGCCCAAAAAAGGGGCAAGCGAAGACAUUAUGAUGCAGACUUUGCCUGACAUCAGCACCACAGUUAAGGGAUUGUCCACCUUGUGGCUGCUCAGCAAGGAGUCUUCUGACUUUGUCCCGGUUGGCCAGUAUCCGGAGCAAUAUUUCACUGAGGAUUUUCCCUGCAGACAAAUAAAGAGCUUUCAGCACAAUCUCCACAUGUUGAGUGAUGAAAUCAACUACAGAAACGCUGAUCUGGAUGUCCCGUACACGUACUUGGACCCAGCCCGCUUUGAAAAUAGUGUUGCCAUUUGAAUCCUAAUAGGAGCGACCUCCUCAGCUGUUGGCUAAAUCCAGCAUCACAUUAAAGGGAUAGUUCACCCAAAAAUGAUAAUUCACUCAUUAUCUACUCACCCCUAUGCCAAUGGGGGGGUAAUUGAAUUGUUUGAGUCCACAAAACAAUGCUGGAGUUUCAGGGGAAAUUUGUGUAUAGCAGCUGAAUCCAAUACAACUGAAGAUAUUAGGGACUUACCUUCAGUCGUAAAAAAAAAACACAUAACAUGUCUCCGUACUACUCGUGUGGUGUCAUCCAAGUGUCCACAAGCCAACAUUCAUUCAUAUUUCGAACCAAGGUCAUUUACACUGCGUUUUAAGCCUAAAAGUAAAACUAUCCCUUUAAUAAAAGGUGAAUAACUUCUGUGUUUUCACUUCUCACUUCAUUUUUUUUUUCAUUCUGACUAUAUGCUGUCCUGUGACUUCUAUAUAACUCAUCAAUCAAACUACAAACUCUGGUGAAAAAUUUAUGUUUUAAAUCUUUUUCCUCAUCGUAAAUCUUCACAAGUAGCAGUGACAGGGUUAUACAGCAGUUUAUCAAAGAAAUAAACAAAAAAUUACAAAUGUAAAAUCCAAGAUGUGAAGCUGUUUAUUGGAACAUAAAAAUGCGUAAAUCUGAUAAUAAUCUGGAUCAUGUAUUACAGCAUCUGUGUUGUGGUUUGCAUGUUAGCCAGUAAUCUAAAGAGCUGCAGUGCUGGAUUAAUCAAAUCACUUUUAUGAGUGGAAAUGGGAAAUAAUUAAAUUUGCUCUACUGUUGUUUUAUUUUCUAAAAACAUUCUUUCAAACUUUUUGUCAAUGGGUUUUAGGGAUGAAAACAAUUGUGAUGGUUUAUAUGAAUAUACAAUU